AUGAGCAAGAGGCAAAAUCCAAGUGAAUUUUUGAAGCAAAUCAUAGGCAAACCAGUGGUAGUAAAGCUCAAUUCAGGCGUUGAUUACAGAGGCAUACUCUCCUGUCUUGACGGUUUUAUGAAUAUCGCUUUGGAACAAACUGAGGAGUAUUCCAACGGCCAACUGAAAAACAAAUAUGGUGAUGCAUUUAUUCGAGGGAACAACGUUUUGUACAUCAGUACGCAAAAGAGGUAA